AUGUUUAAUCCUGGAAGUAAUAAAAGCAGUAAAAGUGGUAGAAACUUCAAGGUUAAAGUGAUUAAAGUUAUUAUCAUACAAAGAGUUAAUCAGACAUUAUUUCUGUCAAACCACACCUCCUGAAAGGAUGACUGAUUAACCUCCUCCUUCUUCCUGAUCUAAAACACAGCAGCUCCACUCUAAACACAUAUUUCCUUGUUCCCUCCCCUUCAGAUCUGCAGUUGGAUGAUGGGUGGAACCAACAUGUGGUGAAGAGGAAGAGCUGAUAGGCUCUGUUCUCUGAACAAACACAUGAUUUGUAAAUCAGAGUUCAGAGUAGUUUCAUGUUUGAGGAAGUGAAACUUAAUACAGUCGCUGUAACUGAGAGGUGAAAUGGCGGAAAAAGGAGAUCAGCUGGACCGAGAAACCUUCUCUUGUUCCAUCUGUCUGGAUCUACUGAAGGAUCCUGUGACUAUUCCCUGUGGACACAGCUACUGCAUGAACUGUAUUAAAAGCUUCUGGGAUGGAGAGGAUCAGAAAAGAAAGUACAGCUGCCCUCAAUGCAGGAAAACUUUCACACCGAGACCUGUCCUGGAGAAAAGCACCAUGUUAGCAGCUUUAGUGGAGCAGCUGAAGAAGACUGGACUCCAAGCUGCUCCUGCUGAUCACUGCUAUGCUGGACCUGAAGAUGUGGCCUGUGAUUUCUGCUUUGGAAGAAAACUGAAAGCCAUCAAGUCCUGUUUAGUCUGUCUGGCCUCUUACUGUAAGAAACACCUUCAGCCUCAUUAUGAUGUGGCUCCAUUAAAGAAACACAACCUGGUGGAGCCCUCCAAGAACCUCCAGGAGAACAUCUGCUCUCGUCACGAUGAGGUGAUGAAGAUGUUCUGUCGUACUGAUCAGAAGUGUAUCUGUUAUCUCUGCCCUGUGGAUGAACAUAAAGGCCACGACACAGUCUCAGCUGCAGCAGAAAGGACUGAGAGGCAGAGAGAGCUGGAGGUGAGUCGACAAGAAAUCCAGCAGAGAAUCCAGGACAGAGAGAAAGAUGUGAAGCUGCUUCAACAGGAGGUGGAGGCCAUCAAUCACUCUGCUGAUGAAACAGUGGAGGACAGUGAGAAGAUCUUCACUGAGCUGAUCCGUCUCAUCCAGAAAAGAAGCUCUGAUGUGAAGCAGCAGAUCAGAUCCCAGCAGGAAACUGAAGUGAGUGGAGUCAAAGAGCUUCAGGAGAAGCUGGAGCAGGAGAUCACUGAGCUGAAGAGGAAAGACGCUGAGCUGAAGCAGCUCUCACACACAGAGGAUCACAACCAGUUUCUACACAACUACCCCUCACUGUCAGCACUCAGUGAGUCUACACACUCAUCCAGCAUCAAUAUCCGUCCUCUCAGAUACUUUGAGGAUGUGACAGCAGCUGUGUCAGAGCUCAGAGAUAAACUACAGGACAUUCUGACAGACAGAUGGACAAACAUCUUACUGACAGUCACUGAUGUGGAUGUUUUACUGUCACAACCAGAACCAAAGAACAGAACUGAAUUCUUAAAAUAUGCAUGUGAAAUCACACUGGAUCCAAACACAGCAAACAAACAGCUGUUACCGUCAGAGGGAAACAGAAAGGUGACCGAUUCGGAUCAAUAUCAGUCUUAUUCUAAACAUCCAGACAGAUUCACUAAACACUGUCAGGUUCUGAGUAGAGAGAGUCUGACUGGACGUUGUUACUGGGAGGUGAAAGUUAGAGGAGAUGUCGAUUUAGCAGUUGCAUACAAGAAUAUCAGCAGAAAAGGAGAUGACAGUCAAUUUGGAUUUAAUGACAAAUCUUGGUCAUUAUAUUGUGACCAAAACAGUUAUGAGUUUUACUACAACAAGAUCAGAACCUCCAUCUCAGGUCCUCGGUCCUCCAGAGUAGGAGUGUACCUGGAUCACAGAGCAGGUAUUCUGUCCUUCUACAGCGUCUCUGGAACCAGGACUCUCCUCCACAGAGUCCAGACCACAUUCACUCAGCCGCUCUAUGCUGGAGUUGGAAUUUAUUCUGAUCUUGGAAGUGUCAAGUUUUGUUAACCUGAUUAGACAAAAGUAACUGAGGUUUCAGAUGAUUUUAUAAUCAUUUAGUGUCGUUGUUCUUCUCUUGUCAACUUAGUUUUCUUCUCGUUUAUAUUUCAGUUUUUUUUUUACUUUUUGUAAAUUUUAUCAAAGAAGAAAAUUCUUCUGUGAAUUGUUUUCUCCAUCAAAGAUCAUGUUUAUAGACUCGGUAAAGACGAUUUAUUAAACAGAUGAAAAAGUGUAAAAACUGAGUUCAUGUUUGAAGACAUUUAGUUGAGUCCUGACAUGUUAAAUAACAGAUGUGUCAGUGUGAGCUUGACAUGAUUUCAUGGGUUGUGUUUUCUUCAUCUUCUUCUUUAACUUGUGUUGAUUCACAUUGAGGCUCAUCAGAUGUAAAGUUUGUAUUUUCAGCUCAUUUUGUCUGAGGUGUAAUAUUUCAGUCUGAAAGAAACAUGUUGACUCAUUUUAAGCAUCAAUACAUAAUAACUGAUGCUUGAUGGAGAUUUAUAUUGAGAGUUUUUCUUUGUAAUGAUGCUCUCUGGCAGAUAGAUCAUGUGUGAGAUACUGAACAUGAAACUUUUAUAGUUUUAUCAUUUAUUCUGCAUGUUGAUACUUAUAUAUGUGAUGCUGUGAGUGUGUUGUGUGUUUUGGUGUCUCAGACAGAUCUUUUUCUGCUUAAUAUCUGACUUUUUCUCCUUAAAUAAAGAUUAAACAAGUGAAAUCAGA